UGUGACCUCCCCCUUCGUCUCGUCUGCUCGAGCUGGCAUGACUACACCUCGCAGACUCUCCUCGGACUCUUCGAAGGCAUAAUUCUGCGCAACGACAGCCAAGCAGCACGCUUUUGCAGUCUCGUGCGCACGAGUCCGCGCGCCGGUAUCCGUGUGAAAAGUAUCGUUGCGUCCCACCUUUCCGUCACUGCGGUGUCGUCGGAUUUGCUGUCGGAGGACAUGCAAGAGCGGCUCCCGAACCUGCAUUGGCUAUUCUUCUACGACCUGCGGUACACGGCAAUCCCGCGCGACCAGCGGCUGGGCACCUGGACUCAGGUAAAAAAGGUGCAUUUCGACGGGGACUAUGUUAUCGAGACCGUGGAUGGCCUGUGGGACUGGGUUGCGCUCUUUGCGGAGUGUGGCUCUCUUACUUUCGUCGGGAUGCUGUGCAAGGCCCCGAUCCCAAUGGGAGUGGUAUCGCCGUCGGACCCUCCACGUGUCCACCUGCGGUCUCUGAUCUUCGAUGUGUCCAGCAUCAUGAGGCCGACCUUUCCCGCAGCGUUGGCCUCCCCAAAUCUCCGCGUCGAUAAGCUGACACUGCUCAUCUACGACGCGUCCUGCUACACAACUCUCCUCCACGUCCUCGCCCCAAAGCUCCAAGAGCUGCGGCUCUCGCGCGCCAACUUCCUCGACGCAAUUCCUCUAAAAAUAGCGGAUGGCUGCUCCCCCGAGCUACACACGGUCACCCUCCGUCUCGUGAACCUCAGUGCGCAGGAGAUGACUCUCAUGCUAUCUGACAUCCGAGUGAUCCUUCGCGCAUCACCCAAUCUAUCCCGCAUCCUAUUUACACUUCCCGACAUGGCCACCGUCGAUCGGGUGACACUCGUGGCACAGGCCUGGGGUGAACUGGAUACGCUACUCGCUGGAACUGUCGACCGUGUCUGCAUCAGACCGAUUUACUCCGACUAUGCAGAAGUUUCGUGGCGGCCUGGAUUGCAAAAUGUUCUGACUACGUGUAUGCCUCAGCUGACCGAUCUCGGUGCUCUCCAUUUUGAGCCAAGAUAAUUCCGGCCAUCUGGCCAUCUUGUGUGGAACUGACGCUGGCCAAGCCGUUGAUGCACUCGCUGUGUGCGUUGGCAACUGCAGUUCGGCCUAGCGCCGGCAGCCAUGCGGCCGGGGUGCACUUGUAAUUCUAUGCAGCUAGCUGACUGCACCGUGUAUUGGCAUUGAGAACAAGAGCACUUGGACCAGCACUUUAGCGGCGACUUGACGGCCGUGAGGAUUCGGAAGUAAACAAGGACGUGCAACGAUCCAUCAAUCUAUUGAAGAGUAUUAUGCGCUCGACGACGAGAGCUCGAAUCGAAUGCUUUCUGUUAUCGGAUCGUGUUGCUGUCACAGCGUCAGAACGGCGGGCAAAAGCGAAGCCAAAGCUGUUGGGAUCACAUCAUUUCCUGUCGGCUGGGCUCGACGGGUAUCUUGGCCACUAAACGCGCUUAACCUCCUUGGUCAGAGACUCCCCAAUCUGCCUCGAGUAGAUUUUUGCCUCUCGCCCUGUCCGGCAUUCGAGCGAUCCUGAGCGCAUCACCCAACCUAUCCCGCAUCCGAUUUACCUUUUGUGAGCCCAUCACCCACCCCACAUUGUCACAGACGGCAUGGGCCUGGAGCAUUCUGGAUACUGUCCUUGCUGGAACGGUCUACAAUGUUUGCAUCAGAUUUCUUUACCCCUUCAGAGACCCAGGAGAUCUGCGACAGCUCGAAUGCGAGAGUGCCCUGAAAGCGUGCAUGCCUCGGCUUACCGAUCUCGGUGCUCUCCAGUUUGAGUACGAGUAGGAUGGCUCUUCUCUGUUAUUGUUUGCUCCACGAGUUGAUUGCACAUGAUAUACUCAGAUGGACCCAAAUGUCCGCACAUAGAUAUUCGAGUACAUACUUAUGUGACCUCUCUUUCGAAUCUUGACACUACGAUGACCAGGU